GAGGGGCUACAGCUAGUGGGCCCAGGUUUACUUAUGAAAAGUUUAUUAUAGGGGACCUUAAUUGUUUAUUAUGUACUCCCCACCCAGAACAGAAUGUGAUUUCUUAUACCAGCAUGUGUAUGCAGCCCUUGUAUGAACAGCAAGGCUUAUAGCAUUCUGGGAGUUGGAGUUCAGCAAACAUCAGGUUUGAGUUUCUUGUCAGUUCAUAUUACUUGAGGUAGUUGGGUAAGAAAUAAAAUAUUAUGUGACUACAUGCAUUUGAUAAGGCUCUAUUUUCUAUCUAAUGGCAUGGAUGGAAUUGCAUACAGCCCCUUUCCUGUUCGCACCUAUAAAGAUAUAUAAUGUAGCCUUUCCAGGAAAUAAACAAAAUGUCUGAUAUGGAGGUGAUGAGAUUGACGUCAGUUCACACAUUCACUUUAUAUGCAAAUAGGUGUGUUGCAACCCAAAGCAUAGAGUCGUUAAAAUUUGUAUACUCCAACAGGAUUCAACAUUGCUUUAAUUAUGCUAACGUAGCCCCAGUUUUUUGUGUUUUUUGUCCACUCAUGACUCAAUGAUUGCUCACAAUGGCAAUCCUCAUCAAGCUCUGAUGGAGUUCGGCACUUCAUUGUUUAAUUACAAAAGAGCUGUAAAUGAAGUCCCUUUUAUCUAACAUUGUUCUCGCUGGCCUGUGAAGCUUUAGGAAUGCAUGUUGGAUUUUUCAUUCCUUCACCUACUGAUUGAAUUCAUGGCAGAUUAAGAAUAUUCAUGUGUCCAUUGUCCCUCACAUUUCCUGAAGCUCCUUUCUGUUUAAACUUCCUCUUCCACCAUGUAAACGUUCAUAGCAUGCAGAACUAGGUUUGGGCUACUAACAAUGGAUAAUGCAUCAAAAUUCAGGGAUUUGAGUCAUAACAAACUGUCUUCAAUCAAAGCCAGUUCCAUGAAUCACCUUCAUAAUCUGAGAGAACUGCGGCUGAAUAAUAAUGAAUUGCAAAUCAUACCAGAUCUUGGACAGCUGUCUGCAAACAUAACACUCUUUUCCUUGACAAAUAAUAAAAUUGAAGUAAUCUUGCCAGAGCACCUGAAACCUUACCAAUCUCUGGAAACACUAGACUUGAGUAACAAUCUUAUCACCGAGCUGAGAGCUGGAUCAUUUCCUGCACUGCAGCUAAAGUAUCUGUAUAUCAAUAAUAAUCGUAUAAACACAAUGCAGUCCGGUGCAUUUGACAAUUUAUCAGCUACAUUACAAGUAUUGAAACUCAAUAAGAAUCGGAUCUCAAAUAUUCCAUCUAAAAUGUUCAAAUUGUCCAAUCUGCAGCACCUAGAACUAAAUCGAAACAGAAUUAAAGAAAUUUUGGGGCUCACAUUUCAGGGACUUGACUCUUUAAAAUCACUAAGAAUACAGAGGAAUUCAAUAGCACGGCUUAUGGAUGGAGCAUUUUGGGGAUUAAGUACAAUGGAAAUUAUGCAACUGGAUCACAACAGACUUACAGAAAUUACUAAGGGAUGGUUGUAUGGCCUGCUUAUGUUGCAAAAACUCCAUCUCAGCCAAAAUGCCAUCAGGAGUAUCAGCCCUGAUGCCUGGGAGUUUUGCCAAAAACUCAGUGAGCUAGAUUUGUCCUUCAAUCAACUAACCAGACUAGAGGAGUCAAGCUUUGGAGGCUUAGGCCUUCUUAGUGGUUUACAUAUAGGGAACAACAAAGUCAAUUUUAUAGCAGAUGGAGCAUUUCGUGGACUAUCAAGUUUGAACAGUUUAGAUCUCAAAAGCAAUGAAAUUUCUUGGACCAUUGAAGACAUGAAUGGAACGUUUUCUGGACUAGAAAGACUUCAAAGGCUUACCCUACAAGACAACAGAAUUACAUCAAUUACGAAAAAAGCAUUUUCUUGGUUGGAUGCUCUUGAGUACCUAGACCUAAGUGACAAUGCCAUCACCUCAAUGCAGACUAAUACAUUCUCCCAAAUGAAGAGCCUUCAGCAACUAUACUUGAACACCACAAGUCUAUUGUGUGAUUGCCAACUGAAAUGGUUACCUACGUGGUUAGCAGAAAGCAAGUUUCAGAUGUUUGUAAACGCAAGUUGUGGCCAUCCUCAGAUCCUUAAAGGCAAAAGUAUAUUCACAGUUAGCCCUGAUGACUUUGUGUGUGAUGAUUUUCCCAAACCACAGAUUACUGUUCAGCCUGAAACUCAGUCGGCAAUAAAAGGCUCCAAUGUGACUUUUAUCUGUUCAGCAGCCAGUAGUAGUGAAUCUCCAAUGACCUUUGCAUGGAAAAAAGACAAUGAACUUCUGCAUGACUCUGAGAUUGAAAAUUAUGCCCAUCUACGGGCACAAGGUGGAGAAGUGAUGGAAUAUACAACUAUUCUGCGUCUUCGCAAUGUGGAAUUCAUCAGUGAGGGAAAAUACCAGUGUGUCAUAUCCAAUCAUUUUGGUCCAACAUACUCCGUCAAAGCCAAACUCACAGUUAACAUGCUUCCCUUAUUCACAAAGAUGCCUAUGGACCUUACUAUUCGAGCUGGAUCAACAGCUAGACUAGAAUGUGCAGCGGUGGGACAUCCAACACCACAAAUAGCUUGGCAGAAAAAUGGUGGCACAGACUUUCCUGCAGCCCGAGAGCGGCGCAUGCAUGUCAUGCCAGAAGAUGAUGUGUUUUUCAUAGUGAAUGUUAAAACAGAAGAUAUUGGGGUGUACAGUUGUACUGCCCAGAACAGUGCAGGAAGUAUUUCCGCUAAUGCUACACUGACAGUGUUAGAAACCCCAUCGUUUCUACGGCCAUUAAUGGAUCGUACUGCAUCAAAGGGGGAAACAACUGUUUUACAAUGCAUCACAGGUGGAAGCCCCACACCGAAAGUAAACUGGACAAAGGAUGAUAGUCCAUUAGUUGUAACAGAGAGGCAUUUUUUUGCUGCUGGAAAUCAGCAUCUGAUUAUUGUGGACACAGACCUUGAAGAUGCUGGCAAAUAUACAUGUGAGGUGUCCAAUAUUCUUGGAACAGUAAGAGGCAAUAUUCAUCUUAGUGUAUUACCUAAUCCAACCUGUGAUUCACCUGUCAAUACAAUACAAACUGCAGAAGAUGAUGGCUGGGCAACAGCUGGAAUAGUGAUCAUUGCAGUGGUCUGCUGUGUGGUGGGAACAUCCCUUGUUUGGGUUGUCAUUAUAUAUCAUACCAGAAGAAAAAAUGAAGACUGCAGUGUUACAAAUACAGAUGAGACAAAUCUACCAGUGGAUACCCCAAGUUAUUUAUCCUCCCAAGGCACAUUGGCAGAAAGACAAGAUGGCUACAGUUCAUCUGAAAAUGGAAGCCACCAAUUCAUAUCCUCGUCAAUGAGUGGUUAUUUCUUACAGCAAAGAGAUCAUGGAGUCUGUCAUAUGGAUAAUGGGAGUGAGGCUGACCUGGAAGUUGCAACGGAUCCACUUCUCUUUAACUACACAGGAGUACCGGGCCCAUUGUAUUUAAGAGGAAAUCCUUAUGAUCCUGAUGCAUAUGAAAUAUUUCAUGCAGGAUACAGCAUGGAUCAAAGAACACCAAAUAUAAAUUUUUAUGAAUCAGAGUAUUUAAAGCAGAAGGAUUUUGGCUUUUACGGGCAUCCGCAUGAUGACUGCUUCAAGAAUGCCUGCAGUCAUGGUAUACAGUCAUUGGCUGGUAGAAUUGUUGGCCCGACGUGUAGUCACAAAGAGGACAUUGAAAUAAAAGCAAGUUCUGAUAUUGACAUUUUAGGCUUAAAACAUGACCAAGGGUCACAAGCAUCUUGCAGCACUUAUCUAGGAACCUUUGGAAAACCUUUAUGGAGGCCUCCUCUAGAUUCUCCUUGUGGCUAUGUACAACCAUCAUUUAGUCAUCUGACAUCCCACACUUUCCCACAAACUAAACUGAACAUGCAGUUGGAGAAUGGGAAAGAUGAAUCACAAAGGACAAAUACUCCAGAUGAAAAUUCUACAUUGUUUCUCAAAAUGACUUCUGAAUUUCAAAGAACUGGUUAUCCGUGCUAUGAGCUGGAUACAUAGCAGCAUUUAAUUAUUUGCAUUUAUUUAAUGAACAGUUUUCAACAUGCUACCUCAAAUUUUACAAUUACGGAUAAUAAAAAAAAAAGACUGAAGGUAUAUUCAUCUUGGAAUGUACAUGGACUGUUAUAAUGGACUUUUGAACUUUCCCAAUUUUUAUAUGAAAGAAAGAUAAACAUGUCUUAAUUAUUUUAGAGCUGUUUUUAAGUUUAUAUGUUUGUAAUUUAAAAAAAAGUGUAAGUAUUUGAUAUAAAUAUUUUUGUAUUUUAAAAUAUCGAAAUUUUCUAUGGAAAAUGAAUAUUGCUAAGUGCUUAAAAAGUAGAGCCUCAAAGUUGUCAUAAUUUAAAUUUGACUAUAUGUACACUUGCACAAGUCAAAUAAAAUAUUCUGCCGUUCUUACGGUGAUGUUAAA